UCUUCGACAACAGCGACGACGGCGACCAACCUUUCCUGUCGCCGACCACGACGACGACGACGACGACAAGCACGAUGUCCAACAACGAACCGCCCACGUACGGGCUCACGUAUCCAGAUAACUACAUCUCCUCGCUGCCCACCGCGCCCGGUGCGCGCACGCCGCUCCUCCCUCUCGCCGACUUCGCCGCCCUCCAUCUCAAGCACACGCUCGCCCACCCGCCAGACCACGUCCUCUUCCCCUUUCUACAUGGUCUCGAGGGCGAGAACCACGCGCAGAAUACGUUCUUCGCGUCCGCAGAUCGCAAGGGUCCAGCACCGGUGCCGCGAUACCGCGGCCUCCUCUGGGUCGUCGCCGACGAGGACCUGCCGAGGCGGCGCGCGAGCUCAGCAUCUGCCCCGCCCACGCCGGCGCUGGAGUACGGGGAAGACAGCGACGAGAACUAUUCGAGUGAUGAGAGCACCUACUCAGACUCUGACGAGGAACGCGACAUGGAUGUGGACAUCAUGGACCCAGUGUCCCCUCCCGAGAUCAUUCAAGUCGUGCCCGAGGAGAAGGACAAAAUCCCGCUGGACGAGCAACCACACAUGCACCCCGUCAUCCAGACGUCCAAUCUCCACACACGCCCCGCCCCAGACAGCCCCGUGUCCGCAGCAUCGAGCUCUGGAGUUGAGACUACUGCUGGACAGACGCCCGAGCUCAAGAUGAAGCGCAAGUCUCGGAAGCCAACGCUCCUCACAUCCACGUUCUACCCUCGCGACCUCCUGCGCCCUACCUUUGAUAGUGGCUGGGAGUUCGUCCCUCCCCGCAUUCCCGAUGGCAUCUCCCUUCGUAACUUCGGCAUUCAAGUUCCCAUAUACGCGACUCUAUGCGACAUCGUCGUCUACUCCCCUCAUGGUCGCUCUUCCGCUAAUGCGCAGCGUCUAGCCGAGCGUUUUCGCGAAGCCAUAGUGCGCAAACGAGUCCAAAGGCUGCGCGGCCACGGUUCUAUGCCCUCACACGAUGCAGAUGACCCCGCCGAGGACGAUGAAAGCGAGCUUCUCAAAUACAACGUCUUCAUCUUGGACGCUGAUGAUCAGCAACUCAACACCGAAGUUCCGUGGCUCGUCGUACGUUAUCCGGAGGACGGGCUCCUACCAUCGGACCUGCACAAGGCCGCGCCGACGAUGUCGCCUUCGCUGGUCCCUCAGCAUGGUGCUCCUGACCUGCCAAAGUCGCCCGCGAUAGUCUCAGACGCGGAUUUGGAGGCAAGGGAUGCGAUACCGCCAGCUGUUGUGGAGGCUACUGUGGUCCCGCAGCCGCGGAGCAUACUCACGCCUUCCUUCGUAAACUCGGCUACAGCUGCGUCCGACGGAUCGUCCCAGAACUCGUCGCCGAACCCACAGCGAUCGGAGACGGACGACCUGAACAAGUGGUACACCACGAUCGACUUCGCGCAGCGCGAGAAGGACGAGAUGCGGGAGCUCACCAUGGCGAAGGAGAUACUCAGCUUCUUCCCAACUCCGCCUCCUCAGCAACCUGCACCGAGGCUACCGACGAUCACAUCGCCGCUACCUUCGCCUGGUCUCACGAACGGAGGAUCGCCUUCGCCCUUCGAUAGGCAGUCCACCGCUUCACCUGCAUCGACGGUUCCAUCGCCGCCGCCGACGUCAAGGCCUUCGUCCGCGCUGCGUAUAGGAUCGCCCGAGGCUGCGAAUGGGCGUGUUGCUUCGCCACCGUCGACGCCGCGUCCGAUCAUACGUAGCUACAACUCGCAGGAAGCUGUCAGCCGUGAGGGCAUGUCGACGUCCCUACCGUCUGGGCGUCAGGCGCCUGUGAGCCCGCCGCAUAUGAACUUCGGUCCAUCCUCUCGUCCAGCAUCCCGGUCUACCUCACCUCGCCCCAACUCUGCUCCCCACCCUCUAUCACUGUCCAACUCAUCUACCCAAACCCAUUUCGAUCCCAAGGUCGGCCAAGUCUUCCUCGGCAACUCGAAUGAUGUACCCCUUGGCAUCGUUGAGCCUCUCCCGCUCUCGCAGUGGGCGACCUCCCCAGUACUUCCCACCGACACCACCGAACCUCUCAACAUCACCGACACCUUGCAUACCGGUCUCGCCGAUGGUGAUCCCUUCAACUUCGGCCCGUCGAAUUCGCCAAGCGACGGUUACGGGUACGACAUUGCCAUAGAGUGUCAUGAUCUUGCGCCUUGGCCGACCGCGGGGAACCUGCGCGCUGCGGAGGAGCACCUUGGCCGCUUGGAGAGUGCUUGGGCGACGCGAUGCGUGGCGGCGAAGCGCGCGGAGAUCGCAAGAGAGGGCGCCACAGACGCCCCCAAGGACCCGGAGGAGAUGUGGACGCUGCCGACGCGUCCGCCGCCCAACGCGAAUGCAAUCAUUCACCUGCCCUUUCCGAGCAGUCCGCCGAGCAACACGACGACGGUGGGCUCGCUCACAGCGGUGACGAGAUUCCUGGAGCGCUGGCUGACGCCGCCGGCUGCUCCGGGUGCUGUGCCUAUGGCCGCCGUGCGAGGCGAUGGGCGUGAAGCUGCGCGGGAUGGUGCAGCCGAGGGAGCCGACGGACACCAGGCAGAUGACGAGAGCGGAGGCAGCAAGAGCCGGCGCUGGUCGACGACGUCCGCGGCCCAAGCGGGCUUCAUCCAACACGGGCAGGGCGGGCGGAUGCGUUCGAUGACGAGCCCUGCGCCAAGUCCGAGCCCGACGCCUGGGGCGAGGCAGCUGCCGCAUGCGGACUUCACGUAUAACUACUACGCGCAUCGGACGCGGCCGUUGAAGGUGCUCUUGUAUUCAGCGGAUGGGUAUACGGAGAGCUCGGUGCCGGCGUUGUUCUUGUUGAUGACGUUCCGCGGGUUGACGCUGCCGGAGGCGUAUCUGGAGUUGCAGGUUGAGAAGAAGCGCUCGUUCUUCGUCUACAGCUCCGACCUUGGUGUCUUGCGUCGGGUUGAGGCUCGACUUCUGGAAGGAGGCGGGCAUACAACUGGACGACACCGCGUGCAGCCACCACUUACCCAUCGACCCAGCGCGAAGAGCAUAAGCUACGCGACGGGCAUGGGUCCGCAAAUCAACACCCCUCCAGCUGCGCUCGCUGGCGGUGGGGGUACUUCAUCCUUCGGCGUGUCAAGUUCAACGGCAUCGUUGGGCAGUGCCGGAGCCACGAUGAGUGCGAUGGGUGGUGAGAAGGCAUUGCAAACGAAUGUGGCCUCACCCCCUCGUGCACGGCGUCCGCGUGCCAGCACAAGUCCAUGGCUGCCUUCACUGUUCGGUGGGGACCAUCAGGCAUGGUUCAACGACCCCCGGUUUGACGGCAGCUUCCCAAGCCGCGUGUUGCCCUUCUUGUACCUGGGCAAUCUGAAUCACGCCUCAAACGCGUAUAUGCUCCAUGCACUCGGAAUCACGCAUGUCGUCUCCGUCGGCGAAUGCGCGCUCGUACCGCCUGCGCAUGGGCAGUAUGAGGGUAGCGAGGGCAGCAGCUCGUGCCAUGUCUUCCCUGGGAAGGGCAAUCAAGGUUCUCUAUGGAUUGAAGAGCGCGAAGGUCGCAUCAAGGUGUUAGACAUCAAGGGCGUCUGCGACGACGGCAUCGACACCCUAGAACCCCAGCUCGAGCCCAUAUGCGACUGGAUUGACAAGGCGCGCGCAGAGGGCGGGCAGGUGCUCGUCCAUUGUAGGGUCGGGGUCUCGCGUAGUGCGACGGUGGUGAUUGCGUACGCGAUGAAGCACCUGAACAUCCCGCUCGUCGACGCGUACCUCAUCGUGAGGUCGCGCAGGCUGUCCGUGCUCAUUCAGCCGAACAUGCGCCUGCUGUACAACCUGUGCGGGUGGGAGAUCAAGCUGGCGCGAGAGCGGGCGGGCGACGAUCCGCACAAGCUGCGCUUUGAGCUUGCGCGGACGCUCAGCUGGCCCUACCUCGCGAAGGAGGUGCACGCCCUCAACGAGAAGUACCUGCACUGAUACGCGCGGCGAGUGUAUGGGCGCUAGCAGGCCGACCGUCGCGGAUCGGCGUGCAUCACUGGAAGUCUGGCGAUCCAAGGAUUUGCUAUCGGGCUCUUGCAGCUAUUUAUUGCUUUGACAUCAUACCUCUCUGUCCGGAGCUCACCCCAGGCAGUGUACCGUUUCCAUGAACCUCGUUGACGAUCUCCUUCUUCCCAUGAACAUCGCCCCGAUCUCUUCAUCACUUCGCGCUUCUUGGCGAUGUCCUGCACCACCCCCUUCAUGAUACACUCUGUACGGCACGAUGCAUCUCAAUUCUCUCUCAUGUCCCUGUGAUCGCCUCAUUUCUCAUGUCUGCCGUCUGAUUUACGCGUCUUGAUCAAUGUUGGAAUGAACAAGUGUAAUUUCUGUACUCACAGUGUACCAUACAAUUGAAUCCAUUUCUCUUGCGUCCA